AUGGGGAUCUUUGUGUGUCUGAUAUCAUACGGAUACUUCCAAGAGCUCAUCAUGACCGGGACGUGGGGCAACGACAAGAUCGGCGGCACUCAGAUCAGCUCUCUCUUCCUCGUCAUGUGCAACCGCAUCACGUCGAUGGGCAUCGCCGUGCUCGCCAUCAUGAUCAAGAGGGACACGCUGAUGCCCGCGGCGCCGCUUACGGCGUACUGCGCGAUCGCUUUCUCGAACAUGAUGGCGACGACGUGCCAGUAUGAGGCGCUACGGUACGUGAGUUUUCCGACGCAGACGCUGGGAAAGACAGCGAAGAUGAUACCGGUCAUGAUAUGGGGAACCCUCCUCUCCACCCACAGAUACAAGCUAAAGGACUACCUGGUGGCAGCGGGAGUGACGACGGGGACAACUUUAUUCUUGCUGACGGGGCCUGUAUCGGCGAAGCACUCGAGAGACUCGAGGACGACGGCGAUGGGAGCCGUGAUCAUGGCGAUGUAUCUGUUCUUUGACGGCUUCACGUCGACGGUACAGGAGCGGCUGUUCAAGGACCGUAAGGUGUCGACCUGGAACCAGAUGCUGUACGUUGGGCUGCUGUCGGCGUUGAUCUUCAUCCUGCUGAUGAUCCGAGACUUCGGGGCGCUGCUGUUCGCGACGGUGAUGACGACGAGGCAGUUCCUGUCGAUCCUGCUGUCAUGCAUCAUCUUCCUGCAUCCGUUGUCAGGGGGGCAGUGGGUUGGGACGUGUCUUGUCUUCGGGUCUCUGUACUGGAAGACUCUUGUAUCGAUGCCAGGCAACAAGAAGGAACAGGCUCAUCACCAGGAGGAAGGAUCCAAAGAAGAAGGAGAGAAUCUGAUGGAGAAGAUGGACGAUGUGGAGGCAAACAAGCACGAGGUCGACAAGGAAGAGAAUCGGAAUUAA